AUGUCUCUGUACCGGAACUCAGCAUGGUUCCUCAAAGGACUCACCGAAUUCACCAAGGGGGCAUUUCUGUCAGCGUCUAAAAACUUUGUUGAGAAGGACCUGGAGACGUCAGUGGCGGGCCGAUCCUUCCUGAUCACUGGAGCUAACAGUGGGAUCGGGAAAGCCACUGCCAUGGCCAUCGCCAAGAAAGGUGGUACGAUCCACAUGGUCUGCAGGAACAAGGACAAGGCGGAAGAAGCCAGAACGGAGAUCGUCAAGGACUCUGGAAACAAAGAGAUCUUCGUGCAUAUUUUGGAUCUGUCCGAAACCAAGAAGGUGUGGGAGUUUGCAGAGUCUUUCAAGAAAAAGUACAAAGCCCUCAAUGUCCUGAUCAAUAACGCCGGCUGUAUGAUGACUAAGAGGGAGGUGAAUGGUGAGGGUUUGGAGAAAAGCUUUGCAAGUAACUCUCUGGCCAUGUACAUCCUCAUCAAGAGCCUCAUUCCUCUGCUGGAGAAGAGCCCUGACUCCAGAGUGAUCACAGUAUCAUCCGGUGGGAUGCUGGUGCAGAAACUGCGAACGGGAAACCUGCAGUCUCAGAGGGGCAGAUAUGACGGCACUAUGGUGUACGCACAGAACAAGAGGCAGCAGGUGGUGAUGACGGAGCAGUUUGCUAAAGUUCACCCCAACAUCCACUUCUCUGUGAUGCACCCCGGAUGGGUCGACACGCCAACCAUUGCAAACGCGAUGCCUGAUUUCCACAGCUCUAUGAAGGAGCGUUUGCGGACACCGGAGCAAGGGGCCGAUACAGUCGUGUGGCUCGCUGUGUCCGAGGCGGCUGGCAAGAAUCCCAGUGGGCAUUUUUUUCAGGAUCGGCAGAUGGUGUCGGCUCAUCUUCCCUUGGCCUGGACGCACAGUUCACAGCUGGAAGAUCAGAAAUUCAUGAGCGUCAUGGAGGAUCUGGCCAAAAGCUUCCAGCCUCAUUAAAGAAACUUGCAUGAAAACACAAAUGUAUCAUAAAUAGAUGUCAAACACUAAUACACAACAUAUUAGUAUACAUUAGUCUCACCCGUAAAAGCCGUGUGAAUGUACUUACAGUAUCUCACAACAAACUUUUAGCUGUAGAUUAAAUGUCCUCCAGAACUCAGAAAGUUUGAACGACUGUUAUGCUCAAUAAAUGCUUGAAUAUGUUUAAGUCUUUUACCACCACGACUACUUCCUGUCUCUUCCUGUUCUACUUCCAUGUACAUUUCAGAUCUCUCCUCUCAUUGGUCACAUCAAACGCAGGAAUUGUUCUUUUCCGACAGCUCGUUCUGACACCAUGUGAUCAAUCUCAGCCAAUCACAGUGAGUUCUCAUUCUCACUGUGUCGGUGACUCCAACGAAUCAGGUCAAUCAGGUGGGAACCCGUUCUGACCGGAGUCACCCCAGCUGUCAAUCACUCACUCACAGCCAAUCACCUGAUGCAGCACAGGAAACUGCCUGAAAAGGACAUUGCCUGCUUUUGGAGGCCUGUGAUUGGAUGUUGCUUUGGUUUGAUAGUGUCACCUGACGUUCCAGAGAAUGAGGAAGUGAUGUGUAGUGUUUGUUUGUUUGUUUUUUUAAAUCAGUAUUUGCUCUGACAAUAACACUUGAUUACAUUUCUACAUCUAUAGACUGGGCUAUUAAUUAUUAAUUAUGACUGUACUUUGACAGUUUUGUCAAACAUUAAUAAAUGUCUUUGAAGGUGUGUUGGUGUAUGUCAGGGUU